UGUGUCAAUCACUCUCUCCCUGCCAUUGGUUGGAGAGUUUGCGUCAAAAAGUUGCCAGAGAGGCGCUUUCUCAGCAAAGCUCCCCGAGAGAGGUAGAGACCUCAGCUCCAACGCACCCUGCCACUAUUAUUAAAAUAAAAUCACUUGACCAGCUCCGGCACCGGCCAGCUCUCCCAGCCCGACCCCUGAAUUUGGCGAGGAUCCGGGCGGCAGGUUUCACCCCUCGCCCCCCAGCCCUGCCAGCGGCUCCGGCGAGGCUCGCAGGCACCUGGCGGCCCCCCCCCGCCCGACGGCACCCCCAGGCACCGCCCGGGGCAGGCAGGGCGCUCGGGCGGCUUCCCCUCGCCCGGAUUUCGGCCAACUCUCCUCCCCGCUCCAACUUUAGCAUGAUGUCUUAUCUUAAGCAACCACCUUAUGCAGUCAAUGGCCUGAGUCUCACAACCUCGGGCAUGGAUUUGUUGCAUCCGUCCGUCGGUUAUCCCGCCACCCCUCGAAAGCAGCGGCGGGAGCGCACGACCUUCACCCGGGCGCAGCUGGAUGUGUUGGAGGCCCUUUUUGCCAAAACCCGCUACCCCGACAUCUUCAUGCGGGAGGAGGUGGCACUGAAAAUCAACCUGCCCGAGUCCAGAGUACAGGUAUGGUUUAAAAACCGCCGAGCCAAGUGCCGGCAGCAGCAGCAGCAGCAGCAGAACGGGGGCCAGAACAAGGUACGGCCAGCUAAAAAGAAGAAUUCGCCGGCCCGGGAAGUGAGUUCGGAGAGCGGGACCAGCGGGCAGUUCACUCCCCCCUCCAGCACCUCCUCGGUCCCCACCAUUUCCAGCAGCAGUGCCCCCGUAUCCAUCUGGAGCCCAGCAUCCAUCUCCCCGCUCUCAGAUCCCCUGUCCACCUCUUCCUCCUGCAUGCAGAGAUCCUAUCCCAUGACCUACACCCAGGCAUCAGGCUACAGCCAAGGAUACGCUGGCUCGACCUCCUAUUUUGGAGGGAUGGACUGUGGAUCUUACUUGACCCCUAUGCACCACCAGCUCCCCGGACCGGGGGCCACCCUGAGUCCCAUGGGUGCCAACGCGGUCACCAGUCACCUCAACCAGUCUCCAGCCUCCCUCUCCACCCAGGGCUAUGGAGCCUCCAGUUUGGGCUUUAACUCCACCACCGAUUGCUUGGAUUAUAAAGACCAAACCGCCUCCUGGAAGUUAAACUUCAAUGCUGACUGCUUGGAUUAUAAGGACCAGACAUCGUCAUGGAAGUUCCAGGUUUUGUGAAGAACCUUUGUGAUAACGAGAGAAAUCGCGACGAGAACGAACAGGCUGGGCUGAACGCUCCAGUUUUAGUCAGGUCUUGGUUAAAUUAAAGAGAAAAAUAACUCAACGGACAAACAAACGAACAAAAAAACCGACAGCAACAAGAGGGGGACAGUGUUGGUGUGAUCCCGUUCAGACUCAUCUCCUGCUCAGACGCUCUGGAAAAGGAAUAAUAAAGAGGAAAAACG